GUGGUGUUGAAGGCGGCGGUGGUGGUGGAACUGCAAAGACUCUGGGGCAAACAUCUGCCGGCGCACUGCCCCCAAAGUCUCCAUCACAAUUCCUAGUCGUGAGCAGCGCCCAGCGGUUGCCCAGCUUGUUGACACAGAUAGCUUACAUCUCGGCCUACCUGCCGGAGAUUCCCUACUACGUUCCUGCCGUGAUAGGAUACUGUCGGUGUAUCCUCAGGUGGCAGGUUGGUACAGGAGGGUAUCCUCUGGUGGCAAGGUGGUACAGGAGGGUACCCUCCGGUGGCAAGGUGGUACAGGAGGGUAUCCUCCGAUGGCAGGGUGGUACAGGAGGGUACCCUCCGGUGGCAAGGUGGUACAGGAGGGUACCCUCCGGUGGCAAGGUGGUACAGGAGGGUACCCUCCGGUGGCAGGGUGGUACUGGAGGGUACCCUCCGGUGGCAAGGUGGUACAGGAGGGUACCCUCCAGUGGCAAGGUGGUACAGGAGGGUACCCUCCAGUGGCAAGGUGGUACUGGAGGGUACCCUCCGGUGGCAGGGUGGUACAGGAGGGUACCCUCCGGUGGCAAGGUGGUACAGGAGGGUACCCUCCGAUGGCAGGGUGGUACAGGAGGGUACCCUCCGGCGGCAAGGUGGUACAGGAGGGUACCCUCCGGUGGCAAGGUGGUACAGGAGGGUACUCUCCGGUGGCAGGGUGGUACAGGAGGGUACCUUCCGGAGGCAAGGUGGUACAUGUACAGGAGGAUACUCUCCGGUGGUGUUGAAGGCGGUGGUGGUGGUGGAACUGCAAAGACUCUGGGGCAAACAUCUGCCGGCGCACUGCCCCCAAAGUCUCCAUCACAAUUCCUAGUCGUGAGCAGCGCCCAGCGGUUGCCCAGCUUGUUGACACAGGAGGUGUGCAACCUUUCCAAGCAAGCAGCCAAUGUGUUUGGAAAGAAAAGGAAAGGUGUACAGACGGAGGAAGAGGUGUGCAACCUUUCCAAGCAAGCAGCCAAUGUGUUUGGAAAGAAAAGGAAAGGUGUACAGACGGAGGAAGUGAGGUUAGUUGGUUAG